CCUUUGAGUGCGCUCUUUACUACAAGCCCCAGCAUGCAUUGCAGUGAGGUCGCGGGACGUCACCGGUCGGGGCACGCCGAUAGCCUCGUAUCGACAACAAGCAACCGAGGAAGCGACUGUUCUUAGACACUUCAACGGCUGGACAAGAAACCCUCCUCUAAAAGCAAUGGCGUGCGGAGCUACCCUGAAGAGGACCAUGGAUUUCGAUCCGCUUUUGAGUCCCGCUUCCCCUAAAAGACGAAGGUGCGUUCCCGUGUCUCCGUCGUCCUCGUCCCCUAGGAAGUAUCUGAGCAUGGAGCCCUCGCCAUUUGGGGAAUCGACGUCCAGGCUGAGCGCAGAACAAAUCCUACACAGCAUCAAACAGGAGUACAAACGCAUACAAAAAAGGAAACAUCUGGAGUCUGGAGGCUACCAGCCAUCAGACUGCUGUUGCUCUCCAGAAUCUCCUCCAUCCCAGUCCCUGUCCACCAUGUCAGCGACACCCUCCGGAGGCGCUUCCCCGCCAAGGAAGGAACAGCCGCUGUUUACUCUCAAACAAGUGGGGAUGAUCUGCGAACGCCUGCUGAAAGAACGAGAAGAGAAAGUGCGGGAGGAGUACGAGGAGACGAUGACAUCCAAACUGGCUGAACAAUACGACACCUUUGUGAAGUUCACGCACGACCAGCUAAUGCGACGAUUUGGAGAACAACCCGCCAGCUAUGUUUCCUGAGCGCACGGGACCGCCGCCUAACUGCGGAUCGUGUGACACGUCCGGGAAGGAUUAACAAAUACACAAAAAAACGCGCAUCGUUGUUACGAGAUUCAGUUUUAGUUUAAAUGAAACUUUCUUAACUGUGCCAUAUUUCUGUGGUUGGGCAAAUGGUUGUGAACAAGCCGGUGCUUCCCGUUGUAAGCAGCCCCCCCUCAAUCUCACCCCGAUUUCUUCUUUUCACCUGUGUGGUCGCUGAUGGUUCUCACACUUUUUGUGACAAUUUCCGGCUUCUGUUUGUUACGUGUAAAUAUGUUGGAGCAGCACCGAGUUUGCUGUCAAACAGAGGAAACUUGCAGUCGUUCUUCUGUUUGUUCCUUUUUAUAAUUAAGUAGGUCAAAUAUCCCCCCCGUUCCCUGACCAAGUGUUUUAUUUAUUUUCUUUUAUUUUACCAGUAUAAUCCAUUGUACUUAAUCAGAAAAACAAUAAAGGACUUAAUUUUAAAGCAGA